CGAUACAGCCGGAUUGACUAUAUCUUCAUGGCACAGGAAGCCCUGCCACUACUCCACAAGGCAAGCAUAGGCCUGAUUGCGGAGUCAGAUCACGCCCCGGUCUCAGUCCAGAUCCAAUCCCCAUUGCACAAACCAGCGGAAAGACACUGGAAGCUAAAUGAGAAUAUGCUGCUUAACCUAGGAGACACGGACCCAGUUAG